ACGUCGUGGAUGAUGCAGAGGAUGUUGUAUUACUAUCCCCACGACGUGCUCAGUUACCUCAGACAGUUGCACGAGCAGGUCGCCCCUCUCCUGCAUCAGAUCUCACAGAGAAGCCGGGUGUUAUUUCUAUCCCAAAGUCGGUUCAGGACGCACGCUGGCUGGGUGCUGUUCAAUAUGAGAACCGCUUUCGGUGACGCGUCCAGUGACUGGAGCGAGAUGUUGUUGAUGUAUUAUCUCCGUCAGUAUGGAAACCACCACCUUUCUCCCAGCCCGCCCCACGUCUCCUACACCUCUCCAACACCCAUCACUGGGUCUCUCCAGCAACACUCCCCCGUCCCCCAGGGUCCAGCACCCAACACUGUGAGACCACAAACUACCAGGAGCAUCAGAGACCAUCUGGACCCCAGAGAGACAGGUGGUGGAGUGUGGUGGUGGGACACUGGUGUGCCGCUCAACCUGGCGGGGAUCAGUGAGUGUGAGGCACUGUACCGUCGAGGGCUGGCGUCUCACCCUCUCUACAACGGUCACCUCCUACAGUGCCCUGACCCCCAGCACGCAGGCAGAGCCACCCUGGGAGACCUGGUUACCAUGCUGCUCAACCUCAUAUGUAACUCAGUCCUCGGGGUGCAUGAUGGUGCCUGUUGCCAGUGACGUGGAAGUCAAGGUUAAAGAAGCAGAAACAAAGGAAUGGAUUUGGGUGUUCCCUCAAAGCUCAAGGUUUCUGUUUCGUUUUUUUCGUUUUUUUUAUCCUCGCCACCAACGUCGUAUUUGAAGAAUCUUGCGUUGUCUUAGCACCCAAAACUGACACUUAUUAGAUGGUGUUUCAAGACCCGGGUAAUUAGCGCACCUAUUAAUAAGACAAGACCAUCCGUUGUUCUUGUAGUUAAUUCAUAUCAUUAGGUCCUUUAUUUAUUAAGUAACUUAGAGGUUAAGGAUAUAUUGACCUCUGUGCAACUGUUGUCCGUUCUUAUGCUUCAUUGUUUUAAUUUCUGAAUAUUGAUUUUUUUAAUUGAAAAAUUGUCAUUAU